AUGCCGAUGCAUCAACCAUCUAAUCGAAGAAAAGCCGACAUAAAGUUCGACAGCCAAGUUCUAGAUCUAGAAAUGACAAUGAAAGAUGGCAUUUUGGGCGGCGGUUGUGGGGUAAUAUCCACCGGUUUUGCGUCAGAGAAAUUGGAUCUGGAGAUAAUGAUUGAAGAGCUUGAGUCCAUAGAUGUGCCAACGGUUUUCAUAUGUCCAAUUUCUUUGGAUCCAAUGCAAAAUCCGGUCACUCUUUGCACUGGCCAAACCUAUGAGAGAUCCAACAUUCUUAAAUGGUUCUCCUUAGGCCGUUACACUUGUCCCACCACGAUGCAAGAGCUUUGGGAUGAUUCCCUGACUCCAAACAAGACGCUUCAGCAGCUAAUUUUUAGUUGGUUUUUUCAGACGUAUUUGUCGAUAAAGAAGAGGUCAGAGGACGUGGAAGGAAGGGUAAAAGAGAUUUUGGAGAAUUUGAAGAAAGUUAAGGGCCAAGCUAGAGUUCGAGCUCUUAAGGAGCUUAGGCAAGUGGUUCAAGUUCAUGGGACCGCUAAGAAGACUGUUGUGGAAAAUGGUGGCGUUAGUUUGAUUUCGUCUUUGCUCGGUCCUUUUACAACUCAUGUUGUUGGGUCGGAGGUUAUUGGAGUUAUUGUGAACUUGAAUCUUGAUUCCAAUUCCAAGUCUGAUUUGUUGCAGCCUGCUAAAACGUCUUUAAUGGUGGAUAUUUUAAAUGAAGGGUCGAUUGAGACCAAGAUCAACUGCACGAGGUUGAUUAGGAUGUUGACGGAAGGGAACGAUGUUGCAUCAGAAAGUGUUGCAAGUUUGAGUCUUUUAGUUGGGUUGCUGAGAUUAGUGAAAGAUAAGAAGCACCAAAAUGGGGUAUUGGCUGGAUUGAGUUUUCUCAAAGUAAUUUGUUCUCAUGAAUCGGUUAGGAACUCUUUUGUCAACGUUGGCGCAGUUCCUCAAUUAGUUGAGCUGAUGCCUGGUUUAAAUAAUGUGUGUUUGGAAUUAGUCCUUUAUAUAUUGGAGCUUUUGUCGAACAUUCCUCAAGGAAGAUUGGCUUUGAAAGAUUGCCUAAAUACCAUACCAAAUGCGGUGAAAUUAUUGAUGAAAGCUUCGGAAAAUUGUACGCGGCUUGCAUUGUCAAUACUGUGGGCCAUUUGCAAGUUUGCUCCCGAGGAAUGUGCUUCACUUGCUCUGGAUGCAGGCCUUGCUGCCAAGCUACUUCUAAUUAUACAGAGUGGUUGCAAUCCUGUUUUGAAGCAACGGUCAGCCGAGUUGUUGAAAUUGUGUAGCUUAAAUUACACGGCUACCAUCUUUAUUUCCAAGUGUAACCUCACGAGAACAAUUCAAUGAAGGACAAUUGCAGCUUGUUUGUUAUUCUAGUACGAGUAUCCAUGCAAGGAAUGGGGCUGACGAGGUUCCCGUUUCCAAGAGAUCCCAAGGGAGAGGGGUUUCUAAGGUGCCCUUUGCUCUUUCUCACCUGUACACUAAAGAAUUUCCAUCAUAUUAUUGUUUCACAUCGAUCGCCAGCAUAAUGUGGAAUAGAGAAUUGAAGUCGGUUUCUUUGUCAAUCCACUUUCUGUAUGCUCAAGUUUCAACCCAAUAAUUCCCAGCAAGGCUGUAAUUCAAUCUGGUUGUCUCAUUGGUUCUUUGCUGUUUCAAUCCACUAGAGGAAAUGUAAUUCCAUUCUCUUAUAAUGAGCCGAGUGGGGUUGGGAAAUGAUGACACAGAGGGAAAUGA